CCGCUGCUCCCACAGACGCUCGCGAGCCGACCCCCGCGCUCCCAGCCUCCUCUACCUCCCGCACCCCCGAGACGCUCGCCCGCCUCGGGUCUCGCCCCCGCCUCCGCCUCCCCGCUCCUCUCCCCUCGCUCGCCUCCCACAUUGUCUCUGCCUCGUUUUCUCUCCUAGUUGAGGGGGAAAAAAAUCACCAUCAUCUUCCAGGAGAGCCCCCUCGCCCUCAGAGAAACAAAACCAGACAUGGUCCUGGGCUCCCGCUCCUGAGGGAUUGGCCGAGCGAGGCGCAGGGAGCCUGUGGAGCCCGCACGAGAAGUCACGGGAGGGAAACCCCCGCCGCCCCCGGCCCCGUCCCUGCGGCCCGCCCGUCCUCGGCCCGAGCCCAGCGGCCCCAGCCCCGCGGGCCUCCCGCCGCGUCCCCCCACGCUUUCCCGGGAGCCGGCCGAACACACCUCCAUUGAUGGUGUAGCGCAUCCGGGGGAGCUAUUUUUGAAACGUGGGGGUUGUUGGAGUGGUUGGAUUUUCCCUGGAAUUGAGUGAGAAAUUCAGAAGACUGAAGCCCAGGCUUACUGUCUACCUUUCACGGAGGCCCAGCCGUGAGAGGACAGAAGAAGGCACGUGGCGAAUCAUGACAGCUGACAAAGACAAAGACAAAGACAAAGAGAAGGAUCGGGACCGAGAUCGGGACCGAGAGAGAGAGAAAAGAGACAAGGUGAGAGAGAGCGAGAACUCCAGGCCUCGCAGGAGCUGUACCUUGGAAGGAGGGGCCAAAAAUUAUGCUGAGAGUGAUCACAGCGAAGAUGAGGACAAUGACAACAACAGUGCCACCACGGAGGAGUCCACAAAGAAGAACAAAAAGAAGCCCCCGAAAAAAAAGUCUCGUUAUGAAAGGACAGAUACGGGCGAGAUAACCUCAUACAUCACUGAGGACGACAUCGUCUACAGGCCUGGAGACUGUGUGUAUAUCGAGAGUCGGAGGCCAAACACACCGUAUUUCAUCUGUAGCAUUCAAGACUUCAAACUGGUCCACAACUCCCAGGCCUGUUGCAGAUCUCCAACUCCUGCUUUGUGUGACCCCCCAGCAUGCUCUCUGCCGGUGGCAUCACAGCCACCACAGCAUCUUUCUGAAGCCGGGAGAGGGCCUGUAGGGAGUAAGAGGGACCAUCUACUCAUGAACGUCAAAUGGUACUACCGUCAGUCUGAAGUUCCAGAUUCUGUGUAUCAGCAUUUGGUUCAGGAUCGACAUAAUGAAAAUGACUCUGGAAGAGAACUUGUCAUAACAGACCCAGUCAUCAAGAACCGAGAGCUUUUCAUUUCCGACUACGUCGACACUUACCACGCCGCCGCCCUCAGAGGGAAGUGUAACAUCUCCCAUUUUUCUGACAUAUUUGCUGCUAGAGAGUUUAAAGCCCGAGUGGAUUCAUUUUUCUACAUAUUAGGCUACAAUCCUGAGACGAGGAGGCUGAACAGUACCCAGGGAGAAAUUCGUGUUGGUCCUAGCCAUCAGGCCAAGCUUCCCGACUUGCAACCAUUCCCUUCUCCCGAUGGAGACACUGUGACCCAACACGAGGAACUGGUCUGGAUGCCUGGAGUCAAUGACUGUGACCUCCUGAUGUACUUGAGGGCAGCAAGGAGCAUGGCGGCCUUUGCAGGGAUGUGUGAUGGAGGCUCCACGGAAGAUGGCUGCGUGGCAGCAUCUCGGGACGACACCACUCUGAAUGCACUGAACACACUCCAUGAAAGCGGUUACGAUGCUGGCAAAGCCCUGCAGCGCCUGGUGAAGAAGCCUGUGCCCAAGCUGAUCGAGAAGAGCUGGACGGAGGACGAAGUGAAACGCUUCGUUAAGGGGCUCAGGCAGUACGGCAAGAACUUCUUCAGAAUUAGAAAGGAGCUGCUUCCCAAUAAGGAAACAGGAGAGCUAAUCACCUUCUAUUACUACUGGAAGAAAACCCCCGAAGCAGCCAGCUCCCGGGCCCACCGCAGGCACCGCAGGCAGGCGGUGUUCAGGAGGAUUAAGACCCGCACUGCGUCCACGCCCGUCAACACGCCCUCCAGACCCCCAUCCAGUGAAUUCUGUAAGUGGGGCUCAGCCAGUGAGGAUGACUUUGACAGCGAGGACAGCGAGCAGGAGCUGAAGGGGUACGCCUGCCGCCACUGCUUCACCACCACCUCCAAAGACUGGCACCACGGGGGCCGGGAGAACAUCCUGCUUUGUACAGACUGCCGCAUCCACUUCAAGAAAUACGGCGAGCUCCCCCCCAUCGAGAAGCCCGUGGACCCCCCACCAUUUAUGUUCAAACCUGUCAAAGAGGAAGACGAUGGGCUCAGUGGGAAACAUAGCAUGAGGACACGGCGGAGUCGUGGCUCGAUGUCUACACUGCGCAGUGGUCGAAAGAAGCAGCCAGCCAGCCCUGAUGGUCGGGCCUCGCCCAUCAAUGAAGACAUCCGCUCCAGCGGCCGGAACUCCCCCAGUGCUGCCAGCACCUCCAGCAACGACAGCAAAGCAGAGACAGUGAAGAAGUCGGCCAAGAAGGUGAAGGAGGAAGCCUCGUCACCUCUUAAGAGCACCAAGCGCCAGCGGGAAAAGGUGGCCUCUGAUACGGAUGAGGCCGACAGGACCAGCUCCAAAAAGACAAAAACCCAGGAGAUCAGCCGGCCCAACUCACCGUCUGAAGGCGAGGGAGAGAGUUCGGACAGCCGCAGCGUCAAUGAUGAGGGCAGCAGUGACCCCAAAGACAUUGACCAGGACAAUCGCAGCACGUCCCCCAGCAUCCCCAGCCCUCAGGACAAUGAGAGCGACUCGGACUCCUCGGCCCAGCAGCAGAUGCUGCAAGCCCAGCCUGCAGCCUUGCAGGCUCCCGGUGGGGCUGCUCCAGCCACCUCCUCAGCACCCCCAGGAACCGCCCAGCUGCCCACAUCAGGGCCCACGCCCGCUGCCACUGCUGUCUCUUCACAGGGCUCCCCCUCAGCCUCCCAGCCCCCCAGCCAGCCGCAGGCUCCGUCAGCUCCUGCUCCCCACACCCACAUCCAGCAGGCGCCUGCCCUACACCCGCAGCGGCUGCCCUCACCGCAUCCCCCGCUGCAGCCUCUGACAGGGCCAGCGGGCCAGACGUCCGGCCCGCAGCAUCCUCAGCCUCCACUACAUGGUCAGGGCCCGCCUGGCCCUCACGGCCUCCAGGCUGGGCCUCUGCUUCAGCACCCAGGCCCCCCUCAGCCCUUUGGCCUCCCUCCCCAGGUCUCCCAGGCAGCAGCUCACCCUCACACCUCCCUGCAGCCCCCAGGCUCUCAGUCAGCCUUGCAGCCCCAGCAGCCCCCACGGGAGCAGCCCCUGCCGCCAGCACCCUUGGCCAUGCCGCACAUCAAGCCCCCGCCCACCACGCCCAUCCCCCAACUGCCAGCACCCCAGGCCCACAAGCACCCACCUCACCUUUCAGGGCCCUCACCCUUCUCCAUGAAUGCCAACCUUCCACCCCCACCAGCCUUGAAGCCCCUGAGCUCCCUGUCCACCCACCACCCUCCUUCGGCCCACCCUCCUCCCCUGCAGCUCAUGCCUCAGAGCCAGCAGCUGCCCUCCUCCCCCGCCCAGCCCCCUGUGCUGACCCAGAGCCAGAGCCUGCCCCCUGCCACUGCCUCCCAUCCUCCUGCAGGCCUCCACCCCAUCCCCCCUCAGCCCCCAUUUGCUCAACACCCCUUUGUCCCUGGGGGCCCUCCUCCCAUCACCCCUCCAACUUGCCCCUCCACCUCCACUCCUCCGGCGGGACCCGGUCCCUCGGCCCAGCCACCCUGUUCGGCUGCUGUUUCUUCGGGAGGCAACGUACCUGGGGGGGCAGCCUGCCCACUCCCCACGGUCCAGAUCAAGGAAGAGGCUCUGGACGAUGCCGAGGAGCCGGAGAGCCCCCCGCCCCCGCCUCGGAGCCCGUCCCCCGAGCCCACGGUGGUGGACACCCCCAGCCACGCCAGCCAGUCGGCCAGGUUCUACAAACACCUGGACCGGGGUUACAACUCAUGUGCGCGGACGGACCUGUACUUCAUGCCUCUGGCGGGAUCCAAGCUGGCCAAGAAGAGGGAGGAGGCCAUCGAGAAGGCCAAGCGGGAGGCCGAGCAGAAGGCGCGAGAGGAGCGGGAGCGGGAGAAGGAGAAAGAGAAGGAGCGCGAGCGGGAGCGCGAGCGGGAGCGGGAGGCGGAGCGAGCCGCCAAGGCGUCCAGCUCCGCCCACGAAGGCCGCCUCAGCGACCCCCAGCUCAGCGGUACCGGCCACAUGCGGCCAUCCUUCGAGCCUCCGCCAACCACCAUCGCGGCCGUGCCCCCAUACAUCGGGCCCGAUACGCCAGCCCUCCGGACUCUGAGCGAGUACGCGCGACCCCACGUCAUGUCGCCCACCAACCGCAACCACCCCUUCUACAUGCCCCUCAACCCCACCGACCCGCUGCUGGCCUACCACAUGCCCGGCCUCUACAACGUCGACCCCACCAUCCGCGAGCGGGAGCUCCGGGAGCGCGAGAUCCGGGAGCGCGAGAUCCGGGAGCGCGAGCUGCGAGAGCGCAUGAAGCCGGGCUUCGAGGUGAAGCCCCCGGAGCUGGACCCCCUGCACCCGGCCGCCAAUCCCAUGGAGCACUUCGCCCGGCACAGUGCCCUCACCAUCCCCCCGGCCGCGGGCCCCCACCCUUUCGCAUCUUUCCACCCGGGCCUGAACCCCUUGGAGAGGGAGAGACUGGCCCUGGCGGGCCCCCAGCUGCGGCCUGAAAUGAGCUACCCGGACAGACUGGCGGCUGAGCGGAUCCAUGCCGAGCGCAUGGCGUCCCUGACCAGCGACCCCCUGGCCCGGCUGCAGAUGUUCAACGUGACGCCGCACCAUCACCAGCACUCGCACAUCCACUCUCAUCUCCACCUCCACCAGCAGGACCCCCUCCACCAAGGCUCAGCCGGCCCAGUUCACCCACUGGUUGACCCCCUGACUGCUGGCCCUCACCUGGCUCGCUUUCCCUACCCACCCGGCACCCUCCCCAACCCUUUGCUUGGACAGCCCCCUCAUGAGCACGAGAUGCUUCGUCAUCCGGUUUUUGGCACCCCCUAUCCUCGCGACCUGCCUGGGGCCAUCCCACCUCCUAUGUCGGCGGCCCACCAGCUGCAGGCCAUGCACGCCCAGUCGGCCGAGUUGCAGAGACUGGCCAUGGAACAGCAGUGGCUGCAUGGACACCCCCACAUGCAUGGCGGCCACCUGCCGAGUCAGGAGGAUUAUUACAGUCGACUGAAGAAAGAAGGUGACAAGCAGUUAUAAGUUAUUUAUUUGUUAACGCUGGCUGUGGAAACCUCAGUUCUUGAGGGGGGAGAAACAGGACUUUUUACAUACAAUAGGAGCUGCAAAAGCAAAAGGAAUAUCUUCUAAAGAUUUCUUUAUAUAUUUAAAAACCCCACAACUGAAAACAUAUCAGCAUAAUAGUGUUUGUUUGUAGAGAGGGUUCCUCGAGACUGGUUUGGGUCUCCCUGCAUGACAGUCCCCCAGAAACUUAGUGAGGCCUGGACUGGACUGAACAUUCGGAAAACUCGCCUGUGAUCUUGGGGUUUGCCUUCAGUUUUCUUUUCUCUCCUUGAUUUCUGCAGUAGGUGCUAGAAUCCAGCUCACGCCCUCCACUGUGCGUGCAGACACACUCAGCUGCGUGUGUUCCAGAGCCCACAAGGUUUGCAGAUAGGCAGCAUAUGAGUUUGGAAUCCAAGAGCUAUAAUUUUUAAAAAAUCUUUUAUUUUAAUACAUUGUAGGAAAUCUUCAUAAUUUGAGAAAGUUCUGCAGCAUGGCUUUUUACGUCUGUAAAUAAAUAAUUUUAGAACAGCCUUUUUUUUCUUCCACAAACUGCUAUUCUGAUCUAUUUUUUCCAGCCAUGUCACUAAUUGUGAAUUCCUACCAGCUAUUGACAGAAUACAGAGUUGAUUUUUUAAUAAAAAGUUAUAUAUAAUUAUCCCUUUAAUUAAAGGGAACAGAUGGGCGUUACUAGUUACAAACGGGCAAAAGCGUGGAACUAGGUUUGGGUGCAGCAGGGAGCAGCCAGGGACAGUGUUUUGCAGGGACAGUGUUACAAACAGUGUCUUUGUUUUGCUGUUUGGUUUUCACUUCGGUCUGUUCCCGGCUUGUGCUUUGCCAGCGGUGCAGACAUCUGCUAGCUUGAGCCUCUCUUAUUUUGCACCAGGAGCACAGGAGUUAAAUGUCCCCCGUUCUGUCUCUGCGCAAUCGAAAGCACAUGUUUCUGUGUGUCUGACUGUAGAUUUCCGUAUAGAUUUCUCUGCACGUGCAUUUGAUUGUUCUGGACGGACUGCCUUUUUUAGUACUUGGACAGUUUCAUAAGCAUUCUGGAAAGUUCAAGAAAGUGAUUCCCUACAAGUCACUCACACGUUUGCUCGCCAAAGGAAUCUGUUAGAAAUCUGAGUUUUUGUGUGUGCCGUCGUUUGGAUUGUCUUGUGGUGAGGCCGGGCCAUCCUCGCCAAAAGCCCCAGGCGGCUUGUGAGUGCGGGGGAUCCUGGAGUUGGCCUGGUUGUGGGUGGCAGCCUGUGUGUUACCCUAGGAGCAUUGACUCGCGUUGGACUGGGAGGCCGUUUGGGUCCCACUUUUCAUCCUGGAAGUAAGGCGGGAGUCGGGGCCGCAGACACGGGGCGGGAAGCAGGCUUCCACCUGGGGGCCGCUCCCCAGGGGUCAGGCAUCCCGCAGAGAGCCCGCCUCUGCUUUCUAAGUUGCCCAUGUGAUGGGUUUUCUCCAGAAAGUGUUCUGCACCUGUCGAGCAAGCUUUCUGCGCGGAUGUGACCUUUUCUGUUCCUCUUCUCUCCGAUUCUUGAGGUUGUUUCUGCCGUUGUAUGCGGUGGUCACAUCCAAGUGUUGUCAGACCACAAGGGAGACUGAGGGUUAGUGGACGUGAUGUGGGUCCAGGACCGGAGUCACAGCAGGUAGGUCGAGGGGCUGGUGCUUUGACCCAGAAACCAGCAGCUGUUAGCUCAGGUUCAGGUUCCGGAUUCAAACCUGCACCGAGGGCAUUUCCAGUUUCUAUUAAAACCAUGUUUGGUUUCAGUUGGGACAGGUAGAGGAUGGCUUUGUCUGUUGAAAAUGUAGCUUGUUUUUUUUCUUUGUUUUCUCGCAUUCCAUUUCUGCCUUAACUUCAGCUCCUUGAGGGGAGGCAAGCGCAGAUGAACACUUUGUCAUCACUUUGGUGGCCGCAUUGGCAGGAGGUGUUUGCGUCCCUGGGGCUAGUGACGGGCCGUGGCGCCUCUUCCCGCGGGACCCGGGCCUCCUGCUGCUCCCUGACUCCUGCGCUGAGGCCCCGCCUUCCCCCCUUCUUUCCCCCUCUUGGUAGAACAUGAUGCCUACCUUUCGGACAAACCUUUAUCUCUUCUGUCACCCGUUUUUCCAAAGAAGGGAGAGUGAAGUACUUUGAAGUCUGUACUUGAAAACUGUCUGAAGGUGUUCUCUCGUUAGGUUUUGAUUUUCUCCCCACACCCCCAGGUGAAGCACUGAGAUUUUCCAUGAAAAACCCACAACCCGAAACCCUCACCUGGUCACCUGCAGUGUGUUUAGGAGGCCCCAGACCUUCUCGGGGCCUUUGAAGCCCGACCCCUUGGUUUCCGUUUGGGUUUCCUUCCUUUGUUCGGAGUUUAGUUUCCCUUUUCCCGGUUUCACGUGUACCUUGUUCCACGUCGUCAAGGUUGAGCUUCACGUCGCCACAGCGGGAGCGGAGUGUACAUUCUGAGUUGCUGCGUUUAUAUAUAUCUUGAAGCUAAAUGUAUAUAUGAGUAGUUUGCCAUGAGACAACACAGUGUAAACAGUAGACACCCAGAAAUUGUGACUUCUGUGUUCUCUCCAUUUGAGUAUUUUGUAAUUUUUUUGAAAUACUUGUGGACAUAAAUAAAACCAAGCUACACUACAA